UGGAUAUCUAGGCCCUAAAUUUGUAAUGAUAAUUUAUUUGAAUUUCAAGUUUGCACUAAUAGACUAGCAAAGGUGAAAUAAAAUAUUAUGCAAUCAAUUUAAUUUAAUCGUAAAACAUAUCCUUCGUUGUGUAAGAGCACACAUGCUGAGUUAAGGAAACUCAAUUUCCCGACCGAAAGGAUAAUACUCCAGUUCGACGUGAACUAUGACAUUAAUUGCUUAAUGGUCAGCACGUUCAUUUACAUCUCCCUUGAAAGAUUAUCUGAUUGAGUCGGAUAAAGACGAUUAAAUAUAGUUCUUAAUUAGUGUAAAUGCACAUUUGUUUGUUCCAAGAUAAUUUAAGCAUAAAAAUUUUUUCUAAUCAAUGUACUCCGUUAAAAGAAACGUAAACUGUGAUGGUUGCAAUUGCUUCUAAGAACUCAUUAUGAGAUGUGAACGAGGAAGGCAUUUUUAUUUUUAUUGUGGUAAAGUGGAAGAUUUUACUCAUAGCAACUGCAGCCUUGGUAAGAAUUGAAAAUUCAAAGAAAUCAUACGCCAUUGUGUUUGUAAGUACAUUGUGCUUUGUCCGACAUAUGCAAAUGUGCAAAUGUUUUAGAUGUCUUUUCGGCCUCAAGCGUGGAAUCACUGUUGCUAUGAAAGUAGUCGAUUGUGCCACCUGCGAGCAACGUUUACUCUUAAAAGGAAUUCCAUUCCAGACAAGCCGCAUAUCUCGAACUCGCUGCUUUCGUUCAAACCGGCUGUUUUUUUCAUCGAGGUGUGAAAGCGACGUAGCGAAAGUUGAAAUUUGGUCCAAACCUUCACCUAGCAAUCAACUUCCGCCCGUUAAAGGAUGACGUCGAGACGCUGUCACACUUAAAGUACAAUUCUACCUAAAUUUCACACCGAGUGAGCAUUGACUUCUCGCAUGCUUUCUCGUGUACCAUGCCGAAACACAACGAAGAAAAUGCCACCUAUUUGCAAAAGUUCACCGUUGCGGUGUUUGGAGACUCUGGAGUCGGUAAAACAUCUGUUAUCAGUCGACUUGUCGGAACAGCGUUCAAUGUCGAACAUCUACCCACUGUUGAAGAUUUCCACGUCAAGCAUUUAGCUUACAAGAACAAAACUUGUGAACUUCAGAUCAUAGAUACCUCAGGAACGUAUGAAUUCCCGGCCAUGAGACGUGUGGAUAUGGAAAAGGCGGACUCCGUUGUUUUAGUGUAUUCUAUGGACAGACCAGAAUCGUUUACAAAGAUCGAACGCUACAUGGACGAAAUCCAUGAGGCUAACAACGCCGCGCAAAGUGACAAACCCGUCGUAGUGAUUUCAAACAAAUCGGACCUCUCCCACUUGUCGCAGCCACAGUUUGUGGACCAACGAGGUUUAAAUAUUAGCGUAGGGAUGUAUUUAGCAGGAAAAUAUGGUUGCCAUUGGUUCGAUUGUUCAGCCAAGCUGAACGAAAACGUAGAGGACAUAUUCCACAAGAUUUUGGAAUACUUGUUUAACAACGGGAAUAAUAAGAACAAGAAUGGUCGUGCACGACCUCCUAUUAGAAAAAUCAGUUCACUUAUUCAGCAAAAAAUCAAAAUAUCUCGAUGAUACAAUUAUUAGUUCAAUUAUUAGUUCUCCACAAAAUUAAGCAUCAAUGCUUCCCUAUUUUCUUUGAACUCAUAGCGGUCUAUUUAGAAAUGUACAAAAUUGUUUCAACGCGACGUAUGUUAAUCUGUUGUUCGGUACAAGAAGUUGUACUCGGCUUUUAAAAAGAUUUGGAUGGUUUUAAAAUAAUAGAAUUUAUUCUGUUUGUUUUUCACAGCAUAGCUAGUAUUAUUUGCAGAGGUUUCAAACUGAGAUAUUUAAUCAGUGACUCGCACUGAGAACGUGAUUAAACGCCCCAAAAUGUAUUUUUUAUCUGUUGGAAAGAAGCAGGUGCUCACAGUUUACUUCUAUAAAAUUUAUGUACGGCACGUAUAGAAAUCCUAGAAAAUGUUUAUAAUUAACAUUUAAAUAACUCAAGAUCAAUUGAUCUUGAGUUAUUUAAAUAUUAUAAAUACAACAGAAGCUGAAUAUUAAAUGCCAGUGUAAAUAACAGUCACUCGUUUUCCCGUUGCAUCCGAAUAAGCCGGAGUUCAAAAAAGGAAAAUGUUUCUUAUCUAAAUUAAUGUCUCCUUCAAUUUCGAUUCGUGACACUUGAAGAUGAAUUAAAUGUUUUGACUCUCGACCAAGAC